GGCCCGCAGGGGUGUGAGGGCCCCUGCCCCGCUCCGCACCGCCCCGCGCAGCCCCGCGCCGGCUUUUGUUUCUAUUUUAGUGUUGGGAAGGACUUCACUGGGAGGGCUCUCUCCCUCGCUCGCUCUCCCUCGCUGCAACAACAACAACAAAAAAUAAGGACCUACUGUCUCCCCUCCGCAGACCGGAGUCCCAGGAGCCGGGAACUGCCUCUCUUGUUUUGUUUCUUCUUCUUUUUUUUCCCCCUUCCCCGCAUCUCGUUCCGCGGGGUUGGGUUUGGGGUUUUUUUUUCGGCUUUUUCUGUGUGCUUUUUUCUUUCCUUUUUUUUUGUGUGUGUGUUGUUGAUUUUUCCUUCCUCUUCCAGAGCCUCGAGCGAGUUCGCUGGGCAGGAGAGGGGAAAAAAAAUACUAAACCAGCAACAAGCAACAACAAAACCCACACACACGUUUUCGUAAAGGGAAUCCCUCUUUUUCUCCUGGAUUUGUGGAUGCACCGAUGAGAGAUCCAGCCUUCCCAGGGACUGCCAUGGCUUACCACCCCUUCCACGCACCCCGGCCGGCCGACUUCCCCAUGUCCGCUUUCCUCGCAGCCGCCCAGCCUUCCUUUUUCCCCGCUCUGGCUCUGCCUCCUGCGGCGCUGGCAAAGCCCAUGCCGGACCCCGGGCUGGCCGGGGCGGCCGAGGCCGGGCUCCACGUCUCGGCCCUGGGACACCACCACCAAGCCGCCCAUCUCCGCUCCCUCAAGAGCCUGGAACCCGAGGAGGAGGUCGAAGACGACCCCAAAGUCACGCUGGAAGCCAAAGAGCUCUGGGACCAGUUUCACAAGCUGGGCACCGAGAUGGUCAUCACCAAGUCCGGGAGGAGGAUGUUCCCCCCGUUCAAGGUGCGGGUGAGCGGCCUGGACAAGAAGGCCAAAUACAUUUUGCUGAUGGAUAUAGUGGCGGCCGACGACUGCCGGUACAAGUUCCACAACUCCCGCUGGAUGGUUGCCGGCAAGGCCGACCCGGAGAUGCCCAAGCGCAUGUACAUCCACCCCGACAGCCCGGCCACGGGGGAGCAGUGGAUGGCCAAACCUGUUGCCUUUCACAAGCUCAAGCUCACCAACAACAUCUCGGACAAGCACGGCUUCACCAUCCUGAACUCCAUGCACAAGUACCAGCCCAGGUUCCACAUAGUUCGGGCCAACGACAUCCUCAAGCUGCCCUACAGCACGUUCCGCACCUACGUGUUCCCCGAGACCGACUUCAUCGCCGUCACCGCUUACCAGAAUGACAAGAUCACCCAGCUGAAAAUCGAUAACAACCCCUUCGCCAAGGGCUUUCGGGACACGGGCAAUGGCCGGCGGGAGAAGAGGAAGCAGCUCUCGCUGCCGUCCCUGCGGAUGUAUGAAGAGCCCUGCAAGCCCGACCGCGACGGCGGCGAGUCGGAUGCCUCAUCCUGUGAGCCCGCAGCCGUGCGUGAUGCCCUCCACUCGCCCGUGGGUGCUCUCCCCAGCCCCCUGCGCCUCAAAGGCAACAGCAGAGAGGAGAAGCCGGGGGCUGACAGUGAUGCAGAGGUGGAGAAGGCACCCGAGGAGCGGCAGGCAGCAGCGGCCAGCCCCAGUGGGGAGGACACAACACCCCGUGGCAGCCCCCGGUGCCCAGAGGAGCGGAGCAAGGAGAGACACAGCCCGGAGAAGGUCAAGGAUGGUGUAUCCCCCCGGGAAUGCCCUGGUGAGGGUCUGUUCGGCACGCGAGGCCUGGAGAAGGAUAAGGUGGAAGGACGGAGGAAAGAGCCAGACCCGGGCAAGAAGGACAUGGAGGGCAGUGGGUUAGGCAAGGAGGCCUUUGCCCCGCUGAUGGUGCACACGGACAGCCCCCCACACCUGAGUGCUGGGCACCUGCAGAGUCUGGCACUCUCUGGCCUCCAUGGGCAGCAGUUCUUCAGCCCUCUGGGUGCUGGGCAGCCCCUCUUCAUCCACCCAGGACAGUUCGCUAUGGCUCCUGGCGCCUUCUCUGCCAUGGGCAUGGGACACUUGCUGGCCUCGGUGACCGGCGGCGGAAGCCUAGAGAAUGGAGCCCUUUCAUCUGCCCCGGGCACGGCAGGAACAGCCACCCCCUUCCCUUUCCACCUCUCCCAGCACAUGCUGGCCUCUCAGGGAAUCCCGAUGCCCACCUUCGGCGGACUCUUUCCCUACCCCUACACCUACAUGGCAGCAGCCGCAGCGGCUGCCUCAGCCAUGCCAGCCACCAGCGCAGCGGCCGCCGGGCCGCUCUCCCGCAAUCCCUUCCUGGGCAGCAGCCGUCCCCGCCUGCGCUUCAGCCCCUACCAGCUCCCGGUCACGAUCCCACCCAGCACCAACCUGCUGACCACCGGCCUGCCCACCAGCCUCAACCCCGGCUCCGAGGGCUCCAAGGCCAGCAGCAGCCGUGAACCCAGCCCGCUCCCCGAGGUGCCACUGCACAAAGGGGGCAGCCAGCGCCCCACUGUCUCCCCCAAGGGCUCCCUGAAGGAGUCCCUCAAUGAACUGCAAAACAUCCAGAGACUGGUGAGCGGGCUGGAGAGCCAGCGGGAGCUGUCACCCGGCAGGGAGUCCCCGAAGUGACCGACGGGGCGGGCAGCGAGCCCUCCGGCGGGGCGGAGAAGCACUGGUAUUUUGUACAGCACAGUAUAAAUAUUUAUUGCAGAGCAAGGGGUUGGGGACGGACAGGGAAGCGAGGUGCUGGAGCAGAGGGAUGGAGCCCCGCCGGCCAAGCAGACCCACCACCCCAGAGCCAGGAGUGAGAGGUGGGAGCGCAAGGCUCGUCCGUCCCUCCAGCUGCGGGGCUGGGAGCGGCUCCCCGACUCCAGCAUCGCCAUGGAACCCCCCCAACGCCUCUGCUGCCCCGCUCUGGGCACUGGGCAGCUCUAGGGGUGCAACGAGACCAGGCAAAGACCCAUGAUGGAUGGGGCACCCCCGACCCGUAGCCCCAGCGCUGGUCCCGGGGAGAUGUGCGGGGCCAAAACCUCA